CCCUCCUUCAUUCCAGAUUUUCUCUUCUCAUUCCACAGUUUGCUUUCUUUGGCCGGGGCUUCCAUUUCUCUCUCUUCCUUCUUCCAAAUCGAUCCAAAUCCUUCAUCUCUUCUCUCUAUCUUCUCUCUCUUUUCCUGCUUCUGGUAGUGUUUAGUCACUCUCUCCGUGUGUGUUCUGGGCGCACAACAAUGGUGGAUCUUCAAACUGUUUGCUGCAUGUGCGGCGACGUCGGCUUCCCGGACAAGCUUUUCCGAUGCAGAAAAUGCCGAAAUCGCUUCCAACACUCGUAUUGUAGUAACUAUUACGGCGAAUUACCUGAGAUCGAACUGUGCGAUUGGUGCCAAAGCGAAGAGAAGAACUUCAGACAUAGUAAGAAGUCGGCCGCCGCCUCCGCCGGGAGCAUCGACGUGGGUUCCACCAACCGGUCAGAAUAUUCCGGCAGCGAGAGAAUCAAGCAGCAUCAUGAUCGUGAAGAGGGCGGCUGCUCCGAUAAGGGGAAGAGCCCGACGCCGUCGCCGAGACCCACCACCCGCAGGUACAAGCUUCUCAAGGAUGUUAUGUGUUAGGAAAACAAGAUCAGAGAGUGAAAGAUGAAAACUAUAAGGUACCAAAAUCAGGAAGAAGAUGAUGAAGAAGAAGAAAACUAAUAUAUAUAUAUAGGUGACUUUUUAAUCUCUGCAAAUGUGAUGUUUAGCUUUGUUAAUAUGGUUAGCUUAAUGUCCAAGAGUAUGUCUCUCUGUGUGCGCGCUAUGAGUGUUAUUAGCUCCUUGUCUGUGUGUUUUUGAGUGGCUUUCCCAGUAAUAAAAACUAUGUUGCUUUUUUCCACUA